AUUGCGGGGAGUGGGUCCCUGCCACACCCGCAGGCGGCAGGGACACCGCCGUGUCCCCGUCUUGCUCACCCGCCCGUGGGCCCUUGGGGUGGCACAAGAGUGCUGGUGGUUUUUUAUGAAUCUGCUCUGUUGUCUCAGACUUUCACCCUUUUAUCUGCUUCACUGCAGGCAGUGGUGACUGGAGUCCUUCAGGUGUGCCAGCGCACACCAGCAGCAGGACAACACUUCACUAAGCAGGAGGAUUUUUUUCGUACCUAAAGCUUUUCAUAGGUGAUCAAUACUUUAUUGCCUGCUCUUUCAUGAUGAAGGCCAUGGAGGAUCAAGUAGUCCAAGAAGAACCAGGAUACCAGGAUGAUGAGGAAUCCUUUUUUCAGGAUAUUGACCUACUGCAGAAGCAUGGAAUUAACGUAGCAGAUAUUAAAAAGCUGAAGGCAGUUGGGAUUUGCACAAUCAAAGGAAUCCAGAUGACCACAAGAAGGGCACUGUGCAACGUGAAGGGGCUCUCAGAGGCCAAAGUGGACAAGAUCAAAGAAGCUGCAAACAAGCUUGUUGAACCAGGCUUCCUCACCGCCUUUGAGUACAGUGAAAAACGGAAGAUGGUAUUUCAUAUUUCCACUGGCAGCCAGGAAUUUGAUAAACUUCUGGGUGGUGGGAUUGAAAGCAUGGCAAUCACUGAGGCCUUUGGAGAGUUCCGGACAGGCAAAACCCAGCUAUCUCACACUCUUUGUGUGACAGCUCAGCUCCCAGGACCAAAUGGCUACACAGGUGGAAAGAUUAUCUUCAUUGAUACUGAAAACACUUUCCGACCAGACCGCCUGCGUGACAUUGCCGAUCGCUUCAAUGUUGACCACGAGGCAGUGCUUGACAACGUGCUGUAUGCACGUGCAUAUACCAGUGAGCAUCAGAUGGAAUUGCUUGACUAUGUAGCAGCCAAGUUCCAUGAGGAAGCUGGUAUCUUCAAGUUAUUGAUCAUUGACUCCAUAAUGGCACUUUUCCGUGUGGAUUUCAGUGGACGUGGAGAGUUGGCCGAACGACAACAGAAACUAGCUCAGAUGUUGUCAAGGCUCCAAAAAAUAUCAGAAGAAUAUAAUGUGGCUGUGUUUGUGACCAACCAGAUGACUGCUGACCCAGGAGCAACUAUGACCUUUCAGGCAGACCCAAAAAAACCCAUCGGGGGCCACAUCCUUGCUCAUGCUUCAACUACCAGGAUCAGUUUGAGGAAAGGGAGAGGGGAGCUGCGCAUUGCAAAGAUCUAUGACAGCCCUGAGAUGCCUGAAAACGAAGCCACAUUUGCAAUAACUGCCGGAGGGAUUGGGGAUGCCAAAGAAUAGGUUAAAAAAUGAUGUAAAUGUACAGCUAAAAACCAGCUGGGCAGUUGAGAUGAAGAUUUGUGAAAGGUCAACAACCACCUGGCUGCAUUUGUAGCUUUUUGGGAGAUACUUAAGAUAUUUUUGGGAGAAAACUGGGAUGGACUUUGUACAGUUCGGUUUUACUGAACUAAAAUUUUGGUCAUUUUUGGAUUUUUGAUUUUCAGUUGAACUUUUAGCACACAAAGAUUUAAGCCAUUCGAUUGUGAAUUGUUCUCAGAAUCCUUUUCCUAUCUUUUGUGAAAAUCAAACCUGUCCUUUCACAUGGGAGUGAAUAUACUAUUUCUUAAUUUAUUUCAAAGCGAGUGUCUAAGCGGUAGAAUUUAACAGUGUGAAAUGCAACAGAACUGGAAUAAACUCAGUUAUAAAAUUGACAUAUAUAGAUGGAAAAGGCAGUGGGAGGAACAACAGCUCAAGAACUUGACGGAUUUUCAUGUACUGUAGAGGAACAAGUUUUAAGGAUAUGUUUUUAAACAUUUUUAUCUUGACUAGAUAAUGUUCAUGUUUUUAUUUAGCAUUUUCUACUUUUUGGACAGAAUGUUUUAAACCUGUUCUUAUUAAAGUUAAAAAUAAAGACUAUGAAUUAGAACAGAA